AUGUGGAAAGACUUCAAGAAGUUAAAACUUCUGCUAUGGAAGAAUCUACUGAUACAGAAGCGACAUCCCAUCCAGUCGUUCAUAGAGCUACUGUUACCGGCCAUCAUGGCGGCCAUAAUGGUCAUGUUCAGGUCGUGGGUGCAGCCCGUCGAGUUCAACACCGUCACAAGAUUCGAACCCUUUCCGAUAUCGGUGCCACCGUUAAUACUGGGCUACAGACACGGAUGGUCCAUAGCAUGGGCUCCGUAUGACCCGGAAUUGGAAAAAAUCAUGAACGACGCUUUCUCGCACACUCCCAACAUGAAGCUCGAAUCGUUUGUAAGCGGCGAUAAGAUGGAGGAGCGACUGAAUCAAGAUCUCGCUAUGAAAAAAUUUCUGGUGGGCGUUCGUUUCGAAAACAUCAUGCCGAACUCGACGUUACCAAAAAGUACAAUCGUGAAGCUAAGAUAUCCGUGUCAUCUCCGGGUAACGAAAAAGAGUCUGAUGAGCUUCGACACGGUCGAAGCAAACUGGCGGACUUACUUGAUGUUUCCUCUGUAUCAGACGUUCGGUCCUAGGCACAAAGAGGAAAACGACGGAGGCGAACCAGGUUAUUUGUCCGAAUCGUUUUUGUACAUGCAAAAUCAGAUCUCCAAAGCCUUGAUACGAUACUGGGCUCCCGGCGAGACGAUACCGGAAAUCGAGCUACAGAGGUUCCCGUAUCCGAAGUACAUCGAGGAUCCAUUGCUACCGGCCCUCACGUCGUUCAUAUCCACAGUAGUGUUGCUCAGUUACAUUUACACCGCCAUCAACACCAUCAAAGUGAUAUCGGCUGAAAAAGAAAUGAAAAUGAAGGAAGCCAUGAUGCUCAUGGGCUUGGAUAACUGGUUGCACGCGUGCGCAUGGUACCUGAAGAGUUUUGUUGUAUGGAUUGUACCUCUGUUGAUAUUGGUGUUUUUCAUAACGUACGACUGGCCAACGGGUGCGGUGUUUCAGUACUCCGACCCUCUGGUACUAAUGGCGAUAUUGACCCUGUACGUAACCGCCGGAAUAUCCUAUUGCUUCUUGAUAUCCGCCUGCUUUAAAAAAGCCAACACAGCGGCGACUGUCGGCGGCGUGUUGUGGUUCGGGACCUAUGCCCCAUUCAUGAUCUUCCAGCCCAAAUACUCGUCCAUGACCAACAGAGAAAUCCUGGCGUCCACCAUAUUGCCAAACACUGCGCUGGGAUACAUAUUCCAGAGUCUCAUCAUGUUCGAAGGUAUCGGCAGCGGACUGACGUGGGAAAACAUCACGGUGACGGUGUCGCCGGACGACAAGAUGUGCAUCGCGGACAUAAUGCUGAUGUUGGUGUUCGACUCGGUCCUGUACCUGUUGAUCGCCGUAUACCUGGAAACAGCUUUCCCGCGCAACAGCGGUUUCCACCCUCCGUGGUACUUCCCGAUACUGCCGUCGUUCUGGUUCGAGAAAAAAGUCAGCCCCAAACAAAUCGCCGAAAAAUCUGGCAUACAUAUCCAAUCGCUCAGCAAGAGUUUCACGCCCGGAAAGUACGUCGUCAACAAGCUGUCCGUGGAUAUGCAACCGAAUCAAAUAACCGUUUUGCUGGGCCACAACGGCGCCGGAAAAUCCACCACCAUGUCCAUGUUGACAGGACUGAUAAGUCCAACGUCUGGUACGGCGCUGAUAGAGGGUUACGAUAUUAAAACCCACAUGAAAACUAUACGACACUCAUUGGGGCUCUGCCCUCAAUACAAUCUACUCAUACCGGACUUGACCGUAGGAGAGCAUUUGUACUUUUUCGGAAUGUUGAAGGAUUUGAAUGAGCAGGAUUUGAAAAGCGAAAUCGACAGUUACACGGUUAAAUUCGAACUAGAGUCGAUGAUCAACACGAAGUCCAAACAUCUGAGCGGAGGAAUGAAGAGAAAACUGUCGGUGGCCAUAGCGUUAAUUGGCAAAUCGAAGGUGGUGUUGAUGGACGAACCGACGUCGGGUAUGGACCCGGCGGCCAGACGUACUCUGUGGAAUAUUUUGCAAUCGGAACGGGAAGGAAGAACAAUGGUGAUGACAACGCAUUUAAUGGACGAAGCGGAUCUGCUAGGCGACCGUGUCGCCAUUAUGAAAGCAGGCACUCUUUGUUGUGUCGGAACACCAUUUUCAUUGAAAAAAGAAUAUGGUGGUGGUUACACUUUAACCCUGGUAAAAGAUGUAAUCGGUUUCAGUUUGACUAAAGUGACAAAUUUCGUACGUAAAUAUUACCCUCAUUCGGUGCCAAGUAACAUGACCGUCAUGGAAGUCACGUAUCAGCUAGAGGACUCGUCGUUGUUCCCAGAUCUGCUCAACUCAUUGGAGCAAUCCAAACAGACAUUGGGGAUUAAGGAAUACGGAAUAACUUUGACUACGUUGCAGGACGUGUUCAUGAGAGUCGGUCAAGAAGACAACAAGAAGUUAUCGGAUUAUCAGAUGAACGCCAUCAAACAUAAAUCAAUGGAACUGAAGAACCGUUUUGACACGUUGUUCUACGACCCCGAGUGUGACUCUGCCGAUUAUAAAUCUGAAAGGGCCAGGGGAUGGAAAUUGUUCUGGAUCCAAUGCGGGGCGAUCAUGGAAAAGAAAUGCUUGCAGUCAUACCGUUCUCUGAUAUUGCAUUCGUUACAAAUAACGCUAACGAUGUUUUUCAUAUUCUUGGCACUUUUGGUCGUCAACGCCUGGCAGGGAAUGAAAGACUUGCCGGCUCUGGCAGCUGAACUAGCGAACUACUGGGAACCCAUCAGUACGGUCAUGCUGUCCACCAACAACACGCAGAUCGGCACUUUUUACGAGUCAUACAAGAAUGCCUGUGCGCCCAACCCGGUCUUGGAUUUAAAUUACCGUACCACGUACAGUUAUUUCGAAGACUUUUUACUGCGAGUGGCCUCCGAAAAGAUAUCGCCGUUCACACAGAAGUACAUUGUCGGCGCGAUAUUCGGCGAGGACAGGAUCACGGCGUAUUUCAACAAUCAACCUUACCACGGUCCACCUUUGGCGCUCAGCAUGGUACACAACGCUAUAUUGAAAAGUUACAAAGGAGACGAAUACGGGAUACUCGUAGUGAAUCAUCCUCUGCCCUACCAAGGAGUGGACAAGCUGAUGAAAUUAACCGGAGGCAGUAAUCUGGGCUAUCAGGUGGCGUUCAACUGCGCCAUUUCACAAGCGUUCGUGUGCGCUGUGUACGUGCUGUUCGCCGUCAAUGAGCGAUAUACCGGCGCCAAGCACAUGCAACAGAUAGCCGGCGUCAAACCACUGGCCUACUGGGGAGCGUCUCUACUGUGGGACUGGAUAACUUACCUGACCGUCAUAUUCUCCAUUCUGCUGUUGCUCUUCUGGCACGGAGAUCCGGGAUACGCGAGCUGGAAACAAAUGGGACUGAUGCUGAGUCUGUUGGUGGCUUUCUCGUGGGCGACGAUGCCGUUGAUGAGUUUGUUCUCAUACCUGUUCACAAACCCGUCCACUAGUUUCACGAGAAUAUCCAUGUUUAGCGUUAUGACCGGUGCCUUUUGCUUCAUGUUGGUGCUUAUUUUGGACAUGCAACCACUGUGCUUGAAAGACCAAGCCAAGUUUAUCGACAACAUGAUGAUUUACUUUCCACAUUACGCUCUCGGAAGUGGUUUGAAAAACAUAUACUCUUCGUAUGAGUACAGCGAGAUUUGCGACUUCCAAAAGAACGCAACCUGUUUUGGAUGGGACGGUGACAAUCUUUCGUGGACCAGCCCCGGCAUCGGUAGAAACAUGACCCACCUAUUCUGGUUAGGAUUCGUGUGUGUGGCGUUACUGCUGUCAUGUGAAUACCUCACGUAUUACGGCAACAAGGUCCACUGCACGCUGAUGAAGCUCUACAGCCACGUGAUGCUCAAGAACUCCGUCAAGGAAGACAAGUACGACUUGAACUGUUACGAAUCGGACGUGGCCCACGAGAAGCAAGUGGUCAACGGCGCCGACCCACACAACUAUUGUCUAUACCUCAACAACGUCUGGAAGAAGUACGGUAACAAGGAAGCGGUGAGGGGACUGAACCUGGCGCUUAAGUCCAACGAGUGUUUCGGUCUGCUGGGGUCGAACGGUGCUGGCAAGACGACCACGUUUAAGAUGCUGACGGGUGACAUAAAGAACACCGCCGGUGACAUUUACGUGUGCGGAGUGAACGUGAACAACAACCGCGAGAAGAUCCACGAGGUAGGCGGCUACUGUCCACAGUUCAACGGUCUCAUCGAAGAGCUCACAGGCUACGAGACGCUCCAUUUCUUCUGCAAGCUCAGGGGCAUGUCCAACAAGGAAUCGUCCACGGUGCCGUUCCACCUAGCCUCUAGGCUGGCGUUCAUGGCUUACUUGAACGUGCAAGCGAAAAACUACAGUGGUGGAAACAAGAGGAAACUCAGCACAGCCAUAGCUAUGAUCGGUGACCCGAGCGUCCUGUUCUUGGACGAGCCAACUUCCGGCCUGGACCCCGCCGCCCGGAAACACCUCUGGGACACGGUGAGCGAGGAGAGGGAUCGCGGAAAAUGCGUUUUCAUCACAUCUCACAGUCUCGAGGAAUGCGAAGCCCUGUGCAGUCGUCUGGCUAUCAUGGUGGACGGCCGCCUAUGCUGCAUCGGGUCUGUGCAGCAUCUGAAAAACAAAUUCUCUGUCGGCUAUCAGCUGCACAUAAAAUUCCACCCUGACAACUAUACGAGAGCUAAAGAUUACGUGAUGAAAUCGUUCGUCGGCGCCAACUUGCGCGAGGAAUUCGAAAUCACGGCGCUGUUCCACAUUCCCAAGAAGUAUCCGUGUUCGUACGCUUUCGCUCAGAUGGAACAGGCCAAGAAAGAGCUGCUCAUCGACGAUUAUUCGAUAACGCAGACUAGUCUAGAACAGGUGUUUUUGAGCUUUACCAGAAAUCGUCAACAAGCAAUAGCAUAA